UCAAAAUCCAAAUUAAAUUUUUAAUCAUGAAUUCCAAACAGGAGAAGGCUAACGCAACUUUGUUAGAAGCUAUCAAGGCAUUGCAGAGUGUUACUAUAGUGUAUGAGAAGAUAUGGGAGAGUAUCAUAGGUCACCCUCCAUGUGUAGCAUGUCUGGCAAUGUACCUUCACAAGCCGAAUAUUUCUCAUAGAGCGCCCAAUUUGAUUAGGCUUCUACAUAACCCAAUCGGACAAAUUUAUUCACUCGACGAUGAAGAGAUCCAAAGCGAAAUCUCUUCAGUUAUAAAUGAAGCGCUUAAGCGUAACUCUGAUUUCUUUAAAUGCAAGCACCUGAAGUCCUCUCUAGAUGAUGGUAAAACCAAGAAGGGAUGUAACUGAAGAAAAUCGUUCUGCGUCAAAAAGUAUUGCGAAUGCUACCAGGCUGGACUCCCCUGCAACCAGAAUUGCUGCUGAAUUGACUGUAAAAACCCUCACAAAGAAAUAGAUGAGAUUAAACAAGUCCAUUUUACUCCUACUAAGAAGAAUGGGAAUCAGAAGAAGCCAAGCUUUCUGAAGGACAUGUCUAAGGCCCUGGUGGAUUGACUUAAAGGACCCAAAUAUAUUCACAGAACAAACAAUAGUGAAAUUAUAAAGACGAUUUCUUCAACACCUCACACUCUAAAUAGCCUGAGCUCACUACUUAACACUGAAAGGGAGGAAAGUGUGCUUCCUCCCUUACCUCUGUUCGACAAACAAAGCGUCACUAGAAAUCAAGUUUGCAGUCCUACCUCCAACCACCAUAGUGUUUUAUUGAAAAAUAAUUUGAUUCCGUUGAAUAUUAAGACUUCACAUAUUUUCCAGCUGCAUGAAAGCCAGUACGGGAAUGAAAAAUUCUCAAAAUUAGCUAACUCCUCUUUUAAAAAGAUCUUGGCUCCAAAGGCAACAUAUUCUGCCUCUACAAGGCUGAAUAAGUCCUCUGGCUGGUUAGAGGUCUCUAGCGAGGACGGCAGCACAAGUCAAGAUUUUGUGAAUAAAUCAUCAAUGGUAAGGAGAAAAUCCAAGAUUGAUUACAUCUCACUUCUUGGCAAAAUGAAGCAGCACAAAAAUUUGUCCAUCCUGGACAAAUUCUUGGAGGCAAAGACACCCCGGAACCGGAGUGCCUUUAAGCCUCGCCCAAUUCCAAGGAUUUUGGGUAAAAAAGAGAUAAAGAGCUAUGAUGCUCCUUUGAGGCAGAAAAAUCAAGAAUUUUCGAGUGCUGAAAGCGACUCGAUGCUUGGAUGCCCUUCAACAACGAUUCAAUAAAUGAAUUCAAAAUUUCAAAGAUCC